CUACCAAAGCACCACCGAAGAAGAAAAGCGGAAGUUGCUGACGGCCACACCGGAACAAAGGCGAGAGCACUCCAACAGAUAACAUAAAUAGGGGAUAUGCACGUGGCGUCACAGACCGGCUGACAGUUUGUGGCAGAGUUGUUACGGUGCAACUUUGACCAUGGUGAAAAGUUGUUGUGCCAUAGGAUGUGCCUAUCGCUUCCAAAAAGGCGAUACCAAGAAGCUGUAUCGGUUCCCUGCGGACCUGACCAGAAAGGAUAGCUGGGUGGCGGCGGUUCGUAGGGUGGAACAUGGCCGCAACAGCUCCAAGCUUUGGAAGCCAACUAUCCAUUCUUACAUCUGCUCAGAUCACUUUGUGGGAGGUGCAAAGAGUGAUGACCCUCUUCAUCCUGCCUACGUGCCAACUUUGUUCACGUUCACAUCUUCUGAGAAGAAGAGGAAGGAGGCGUCACUCCACCGCCACAAACGCGUCGAGAGGUUCCAUAUGCCCAGAAAUGAACUUUGUCGAGCGAGGGAGGAGCUUGAGAGACAACCGGCAAUGCUUUCUUCCACUCAAAUUCUCCAAGAUGUCCAUCAGCUGAUUGGUUGCCAAAGAGAACCCAACCCCCCUCAUGUAAAGAAUGGAGCGGAGGCUUCGCCGCACUCUCACGUUAAGGACGAAGAAAUGGAAGCCAAUGUCACUAAGUUGCCGUUGACUCUCAUCGUCGUGAAGACCGAAGACGAUGACGACAAAGCGCUCGAGUGGUCGUCGAUUCAUGGUCGCACUUUGAGUGAAGACCAUCUCGGAGGACCACGAGGCGACUUUUUGUCUCCACGGUCCUAUGGUGACGAUAUACCAGAACCUUUGAGGAGCGGCAUAGACUGUGAAGAUGUUUGGCAGCGCCGCCGAAGCUCCAGUUUGGAUCAAGUGGAUCCAUCUCGCCAUUUCAUUAAAGAGGAGGAAGAGGAAGCUGAUGUCAGCAAGUUCCCGCUGACUGUCGUGGUGGUGAAGAGAGAAGACGAUGAAGACGAACCGCCCGAGUGGUCGCGGCUUUAUUAUGCCAGUCCGAGUGGGGAUCGCUGUGGACCGCCACCAUCGGACAACCACUUAGCUCCACUGUCGGACGAUGACGACACGGAAGAACUUUUGAGGAGUAACGCAGAAGGUGACGAGAACGCGUUGGAACGCUCUGAAAAGGAGACAACUCUCGGCAACCAGGAAACCUUACAAAAGUGUAAAAAACACGUCACCUGCUCAGUCUGCGGUAAAAGUUUUGCAAAGCAAUAUUUGAUUAGACACAUGAGAACGCACACUGGGGAGAAACCCUAUAGUUGCUCAACUUGUGGUAAAACCUUCUCUCAAAAGCCACAUCGGGACUCACACAUGAGGACACACACAGGGGAGAAACCCUUCCCUUGCUCAGUUUGUGGUACGACAUUCUCUCGUAAGGAACAUGUGGAGUCUCACAUGAAAAUACACGGGAGGGAGAAACCCUUUAGUUGCGCGACUUGCGGCAAAACUUUCUCCCAAAAGCCAUAUCUAAUAUCACACAUGAAAACACACACGGGGGAAAAAACCUUCAGUUGCUCGUUGUGUGGUAAAACGUUCUCUCACAAGUCGCACGUCGCAUCGCACAUGAGAACACACACGGGAGAAAAACCAUUUCAGUGCUCAACGUGCGGUAAACGAUUCGCUCACAAGUCGCACGAGGUGAAACACAUGAGGACACACACGGGGGAAAAACCCUUCCGUUGCUCAGUUUGUGGUAAAACGUUCUCUCGAAAUGAUUAUAUGAGCUCACACAUGAGAGUACACACAGGAGAGAAACCUUACGGUUGCUUGUUGUGCACUAAAACAUUCUCUCUCAAGUCACACUUGGUCACACACAUGAGAAUACACACGGGAGAAAAACCCUACAGCUGCGCAAUUUGUGGUGAAAGCUACGCUCAUAAAAACAGUUUGACUGUACACAUGCGGACACAUAAGAAGGGACAGUAAAUAUUUGACAGGUGUCCCCCUCCCAUGUCCUAGCUACCAAAGCAGACUAUAUAAUAAUGCUUUCACUGAAUGUUGUACAUUUGAUAUUGUUAUACUUAUUAUAUCAUGGCAAGAUUAAAAGUUAUAAGGAUUUAAAGUCAAGAUUCUCUGUUUUGUUAACAACCAUCUUUUAAAAAUACAGUGGUCAUAAAGCAUACACAAAUU